AUGAGGCUUCUAAGCGUUCGUGGACGUAUAUCAAGGCCGUCUUUAUACCCUAGAAGCCUACUUUAUACCCAAAGACCUGGUUUGUUACAAUUUAAGGUCCCAUAUCCAAUUAUAUCAUGGCGUGGUGCCAAAACGAAGUCGGCGGCAAGACUGUCAGAUCUUGCUCAAGGUCCCCUGGAAUCCAAGAAACCAUUGGCCCCAUUUACCGAUGACGUUCCACAAUAUCCUGCUGUUGUCCAGGGAGCUAAAUAUAACAUGCAAAAGUUUCCUAACUGUGUUCUUCUCACAAGAGUUGGGAAUUUUUACGAGCUCUAUUUCCAUCAAGCUGAGGAAUAUGCCAGCUUGUUAAAUUUAAAAUUGGCGUACAAGAAAACGGCUGUUGGGCCUGUUCCUAUGGCUGGCUUUCCCUAUUUUCAAUUAGACCGUUUUCUCAAGACUUUGGUUCAGGAAAUGAAGAAAAAUGUGGCUAUUAGCGAAGAGUUUGCCAAUGACGCCGCCGCCAAGGCCAAAGCUGGUGGAUUGAUGUUCGACCGCAAGGUUGCGCGUAUCGUCACACCUGGCACGUUGAUUGACGAAAAGUUUAUUGACCAAUAUCAAAACAACUAUCUUCUCUCUAUACAUGUCGAUCCCAGCCUCAAUUCUUUACAAUCUGGUACAGACGAUCAAGUAACCCGAGGACAGCUCAAUUGCCUUCCCGACUCUGACAUAAUUGGCCUAUCGUGGCUGGACUUGUCAACUGGAGAUUUUCUAACCCAGGUAACUAGCCCUCAGAUGCUUGCUUCUGCGAUUACACGAAUAGGGGCCCGUGAAAUCCUAGUCGAUCAAGGUAUAGAGGAACCCCUACGAUCGGAACUGGAGGCAUUGGUUGUCCAGGAGCACCAGCCCAUUACGUAUUUUCAAAGUCCCAAGAACAUUCAACCACUAUCAGAGUGGAACCCUAGCUUUGAUUCUCCAAUAUCUUCAGAGGUUGCUUCUAUGUUUACCCCUCAGGAAGUAUCUGCCUGCCAGAUGGUCCUUGAAUAUGUCAGGAAACAAAUAAAACAAACGGACGUGAGGCUUCAGCCACCUCGCCGAAAAGUAGCUGAGGACUCAAUGUCUAUCGACCGUAAUUGUCUUAGGGGGCUUGAAAUCUUGGAAACAGCAAGAGAUGGAUUUGGUAAGGGAAGCCUGCUUCAUGCAGUGCGGCGAACCUCAACAAGCAGCGGUGCCCGGCUGCUAAGGGAACGACUGAUUUCUCUUCUGUUGGAAGACGAAGAUUUACGGGAAAAUAUUAUGAGGUUAUUGAAACGCAGCUAUGAUACCCAACGCCUAGUGCAGAAAUUCUCACUUGGGAGAGGAUUACCGGAUGAUCUUAUAUGUCUUUCACGAGCUAUUGAUGCUUCGGGCGAUAUUAAGUCGAUAUUGGAACAAAAACUCACAGCCGUGGAAUCCAAAGCCGCCGCUGAAGGAGAUAUCAGCAGCUCUAAAAGCAUUCGACCUUUAUUACACCGUUUUAACUUACAUGGUCCAGGAGAACUGUCACGAUCCAUACAAGAUUCAAUUGAUGAAGAAAUGCUUCUACAAAAGCAACGUGUGGAAGAGGAUGCAGCCGCUGGCGAUUCGGCCCUCGCCCAUGACGUGUUGUUAAGUGAAGGGUCGGAUGCAGACCUUAAUGCAAUGCCCAAAAAAGUGAAGGAUUCAAAAGGGGAUGGGCCAAAGGGGCCGAGUGGACCUGACUCCCCCAGUGACACCGCCUGGAUUAUGCGACCUGAUGCCAGCAAGAUUCUAAGAAAUCUACAUGAUGCUCUUGAGAACCUUUACUCUGAGAAAGCUAAGCUAACGAAAAGGCUACAGCAGACGUUAGACACUGCACAGCUCAGCCUAAAGUGGACACCUGGUCUUGGCCAUAUCGUCCACAUGAAAGGGACUAAAGCAAUGAAAAAAUCCCUAGAAGAUCUAGGGGUAACACGUACCGUCUCCUCCUCGAAAUCCACGCGCUCAUUUUAUUUACCAUCUUGGACUCAACUAGGUGCCAAAUUAGAAAGCAUGAAGCAACAAAUCAGAGUUGAGGAACAACACAUAUUCAAGAGGCUACGUCAUAUGGUGAUUUUGAACCUAGUCAAACUUCGUCGCAAUGCAAGUGUUUUGGACGAACUUGACGUAGCUUGCUCUUUUGCAGCUUUGGCUAAAGAACAAGGAAUGGUUAGGCCGAUUGUUAACAAUGGUUUAAGCCACAAAAUCAUCGGCGGUAGGCAUCCUACCGUUAAACUUGGAGUCGAAGAACAAGGUCGCCCCUUUGUCAGCAAUGACUGCUUUGUAGGGGGUAAGGAGCGAAUUCUACUUAUCACUGGGCCCAACAUGGCUGGCAAGAGUACAUUUCUUCGACAAAAUGCUCUAAUAACUAUCCUUGCUCAAGUGGGUUCCUAUGUUCCAGCUGAGUACGCAGAGAUAGGGCUUGUGGAUAAGAUAUUCAGCCGCAUUGGAGCAGCCGACGAUCUAUUUCGCGAUCAAUCAACCUUUAUGGUUGAAAUGCUGGAGACCGCCUCCAUCCUAAAACAUGCCACUCCUCGCUCGUUUGUGAUAAUGGAUGAAGUUGGCCGAGGAACUACCCCGGAAGACGGAACUGCAGUAGGUUUUGCUUGUCUGCACCAUCUUCAUAAUGAGAAUAAAGCCCGCACUUUGUUUGCGACACAUUUCCACGCCUUGGCGGAUAUGACAGCGGACUUCCAGCACGUUGGCAGAUAUUGUACGGACCUGAAAGAGGAUUCAUCCGGUGGUUUCUCAUUCGUCCAUAAGUUAAGGCCUGGAGUUAAUCGACAAUCUCAUGCACUCAAGGUUGCUCACCUUGCUGGCCUACCUCAAAGUGUGAUCGAUGUAGCCGAAGACGUGAUCAAAAAAAUGCCAGCCAUGGGAACAGAGCUUGGCCAUCAAGUAGAAGAAGACUGUCGCAAGUCAGCCCAUUCAGCCUCUUGA